CAUCACUACGGUAUCAAAAGAAUCAAAACCCCUCUCCUGCUCACGGCAUCACUACGCUAUUGAGAAGGGGGUGCACAUGAAGGGAGUGAGAGUUAAAGAGGAAGACUCUGUGACAUGCGCUGCGGGAUUAUCGUCCUCUUCGUCUUCGACCUUCUCGCCGCAGCCGAUGGCGGGGCUACACGAGGUGGGUCCGCCUCCGUUUCUUACCAAGACCUUUGAAAUGGUGGAAGACUCGUCGACGGACUCGAUUGUGUCGUGGAGCGGAGCUCGCAACAGCUUCAUCGUUUGGGACCCUAACAAGUUCUCCAACAUCCUUCUUCCCCGCCACUUCAAGCACAGUAACUUCUCCAGCUUCAUUCGCCAGCUCAAUACAUAUGUAAGUAUUCCCUAUUCUGGAAUAGAAAAUUGUGGUCCUUCUUGCAUUUCUGUUGAUGCUUUUGCAGAACUAUAUCUAGGUUGCUCUUAAUUUCCUCUGCUAUAAAUGUCUUCUCUGUUCUGCUACUCUUACCUUUGAUAAAAAAGUCUUCUCUGUUCUGUAGUUGUUGAAUGAUUCAUCAGAUAACCUGUAGAAGCAUCAUUUGAGUUAUCUUUUGCAGUAUUUCGUAGAUUCUGUGAUUUUGAAGGCUCUU